CAAAAGGACUGAAAUCAGUACUGUAGAUUAUGUCUACAGAGGGCGCUGUUUACAUGAUGUGGCAUGAAUUGAACCAACAACAUACGUCGUAAACAUGGCAUACAUUUCGGAAGGCCAGAUGCUGGAGUCUAGAUCGCCAUGGAGGUUGGCGUUCAUCGGGGAAAUGUUUUGGGGCAUCAUUAACUUUGUCAUCCUCUUCUUCCGCACAAUGGUUACGCCGGAUCUUACCAGCAAGGGGCGUGGCUGCACAUCAAGCUACCAAGCUGGAGGUGGAGGCGGGAGAGGGCUAGGCCCACCGCCAGGCCCAAGGAGGAGAAUGGGAGGCUAUGGGGGUAGGGGUGGAGCACCCAGCGCCCCACCCCCAGCCGGAGGUGGAUGAGGAAGGUAAAUGCCCACUGUAAUCCCCUACAGUGGGCAUGAGCAACAUCGUCAACAGGAGAGCUACUAGAAAAGUCCUACAUUGUCAAUUUAGCCUCACCAACUUCGGUCUGAUGUCUCAUGGAGCCGAUCCCAACUGUGGAUUUGUAUCUCGUUAAUCAUCUGCCAAACUUAAAGCAGGAAAAUCAAAUAAAAAAUUAAUAAUUUUCCCUUAUUUAAACCACCGAUCCUCUACACAAGGAUAAACCACUUCCCCAAAUUUCUGGUUAGAGUUGUGGUACGGCAGUUGUACGUGCGUGAGACUUGGCGCUCGACUGCAGUCUUUCAGUGGUUAAAUUUCUGUCAGGACGCCAGCUGUCAGCGAUCAUGGCACGCACGCAUUGGUCUACAUGUUCUAUGCAUUGUUCUAUGCGCGGACGCGGCAUACCACGCAUGUUGACAAUCCGUUCUGUACAUUUUGUACACAAGCUCAUAUGAGUCCUUUAUCCUUGUGUAGAGGAGGAUCCGCAUUUAAACCUUUUAUUCAUCUUACCAAAAGGUGCAUCAUUUUUAAAAAAAUUGUCGUUUCUCUUGCUUUUCACAAGAAACACCUUUUUUGCGUAACAUGAGGAGCUAAUUUCAUAAAGUUGCUAUCGGAGAACGUUGCAAAAACCGUUGACCGUAUUCUGGGAACAUAUCCUGUUCUGAGCUCUCAAUUUGACGAUUUGUUGCUCACAAAUCUACUGCUGCCAGAGUGUGUGCCGUACUCCACACUCAAUGAUGACGCCUGUAUGGACAAGCCACUCACAUGUGGACCCAAACAGGCCGACGGAACGACAGCAGAAAACAAACAAAUUCUCCCAAAAUUACAUCUCUUGACCUUGGGGAAAAACUGCUAAAGUAAACCUCCAGAGUGUGUCAACUGUUUUGAUACCAGUUCUGUUUCAUUAGGGUCCAUCUCAUUUCAUAUCCAAGACGAGUUCCGCACAAGUUCAAGACACAGUUUCGGGUAUAAGUUGCUGGAUUCUGACUACUUCCCCACAAUCUUCUCACAAUAAAGUGAUCAGCAGUGAAGAAUCAAGCAGUUGCUCAUGAAAAUUUCCCAGAAACAUGUCUAGGACAAAUGAGUUGCUUCUGGACAAAGUGAACGAUUCUACCUGUAACUUGUCCGGAACUCGUCCCGGAUAUGAAAGGGGAAAACUGUUUCCUGAUGAAAAGUCAAGCUUGCAGUGUCCACAUUGGCUACAGCUUUUGACACUGACAUGCCACAGUGAAUAGUUCUAGCCGUAGGCAAAAUGCUUGUUGCAGAUACAUCUUGGGGUUAUAUUAUGAGUUGAUUGCCAAGGUCAUAAGAUGUAAGUAAGGACUGCAUACAUACAUGCACAAAUAUUUCAACACAUCAUUUCUAAUAUUUGUACAUGUCUGUUAAUAAGAUGUUUAUGAAUGCAAUGGUGAGAAUAAUUUCAUGAGGUGACAGAUGGAAUGUUCCAUUCCACCGUCACCUCAUUUCAUGUCACCUCAUGAAAAUAUUUCUAUUACACGAAUGUGAAACAUGCAUUACUUGUUUUAUACAACACCUGAAUAAAUCCUGGUCAUCUGAUUGGUCAGAGCCACCAAUCCCAUGACCGUGCAAUGGAACUUCUAUUUACUGUGAUAUAGAACUUCUAUUUGUGCGGUGCGAUCGGGCCGUGUGUUGGGACGAAAUUCAAUGACGUGAUGAACGACCCACCUAUCAGAUGAUGGGGAUUCAUUUAGGCGUUAUAUAAUAUGUAUAUAUUGAAUUUAUUUUCUUUUCAUCUUCAUGAUUAUGUUUCAUCUAUCUUCAUGAUUACUUUCAUUAUAUCGUAAAACGAUUUACAUGGCUUUUAUUACUCAGUAAUUUUUAAUGGCAAGCAAUUGGUGAACCUUCCUCAAUUCCUUUAAAUUGUAUUUGUGGUAUUUUCAAUGUGAAGUCAUUUGCCUUACACGCUCUUUUUUUUGGGGGGGGGUGUUAAUAUUUUGAAGUUAUUGAUGUUGGUGACAUUGAAUUCCCAAAGCGAUCCAACAGCAAUCGGUGUACUAUUUACAUUUAUGUAUUUUGUUGUAGACUAUUUGUAGCUGAGAUAAUGUCUUGAGAGGAAAUAUUUUUAAAUCAUUAUUGUUCAGUUUUUUUUUGUUGUUUUUUGGGGUCAUCGUUGGACGUGUAAGAUACUUGUAAUGAAAUAAAGUACAUUUUUUUAUCUAUCCAA